AUGGGAUUUGGUGAUGUAGAUCUUAUGGAUGAUGGUGAUAGAGGUGGGGGCAAGACGGCAUCGGCGGUUGUUUCGUGCUCAAUUUGCUUAGAUGGGGUGACUGAUAAUGGGGCUAGAUUCUGGGCAAAGCUCCAACGCGGCCAUCAAUUCCACCUUGAACAUGGUGAACCCCAAUUGAUUGGCCAUGAACAUUUUGGUUCCACAAAUAAUGCUUCAAAUGGGGAUAGCUUUGAAGUUAAACAAAAUGUUGGCUGUAGUUAUGGUUGUACCACAGAUCGGAGAGUUGAUGAUUCGUAUGCCUAUUCAAAUUGUUCGUAUGAUAAUGAAUCUUCAAAGUAA